AUGGAUCUGGAUGAUGAUGUGCCGAGUCCGAGGACACUGCGAGCAGCUGCUGAUCGGCUGGCUCAGUACACAUCAGAGGCCCAGGAGCCCGCAUCUGGGCCAGUCAGUAACGUUUUCUCAGACCUGUACUCUGAGGCAAGUCCAGCUGAUGAGGCGACAACUCUAGAGCCAGAGUGCGUUGUGCAUUACUUUUCAUGCAGACCAGCAGCCGGCAUUGAGCCUCCCACUCCCAGCAAGGAUGAUGUGCAGCUGUAUGCAGCAGCAGCAGAGUCAGCAGAGGCCUCACCCCAGCAGGAAGCUCUGAAUGCGCAGCCACGUCUUGUCAAUGAGGUCUCAUGCUCCCCAUACAAGCUGCUGACUUCUCAGGCAUCAGGCAUCGACAGGAAUUCGGCCCUCUUGGGCCUCAUCGAUGAUGUGGACACUGCGGUUGUCUCUCUCACCUGCAACAGCGCUGAGUCUACACCUUUCACUCUCGAGCAUGUAGCCUCAGUGCCGGCCUUUGCUUAUGUGGCAACAGGGAAAACGCAGCGAAAAUUUGUCCUGCUUGGAAAUCCUGGGCAGAAGGUGGCCGCUGUCAUUGUGGAGGCGAACAAGUUUGCCUUCAUAUACUAUGCUGUCCCGAGUGACAUCCCAAACGGCACCCAUCAGGUGUUGGACCUGGGCUUGGCUAAACACGAAAAUGUGAUUGGAGCCGCUCUGCAGGCUGGCUUGCAUGACAACAGCGCGACAAGGCUAGUGAUAAUGACAGAGAGUUCCUUGAAGGUGUUCGAUGUGCUUUGAUUGACCUCGCCAGAAUGUCUGAUUGUCUGCUGGAGUCAGGAGACCAGGACUGCACAUGUGUACAAGGAUUGGGUGAUGCAGUGUAAACAUAUAAGUUGGCAUU